AUGCAAGCGAAAGCGGAAGUCGGAAGGCGGAAGUGGAAUGCGGCGGGCGGAAAUCGAAAGCCGGAAGUUGGAAAUCGGAAAUUGGAAUUCGUCGUCGUUGAGAAAUCAGAUUUCUUCACAUUUUCUGUGUAAAGUGCACUCUUUUUUUCCAGGCAAUUCAUCUGUACCGCGAGCGAGAGCAACGAAAGUGGCGCGACGAGAAUCUGGCGGUGAUCGCGCGCAUCCGAUCCGAAUCGUUCGGCCCGAAUGCCGAGCAUCUCACCUACGUGCACAUUCUGGAUUUGCACAAAGAGGGCGUCAUUAAACCGCACAUUGACUCGAUUCGUGUUGGUUUUUCUAAACUUUUCAACCAAAAUUCGCGGGUUUUAGUACUGCGGUGACGUGAUCACGGGCGUAUCGCUGCUCUCCGACGCCAUCAUGCGACUUCGGCACAAGGAUCGGAAAGAAGAGCUCGUCGUGGAUUUGCUGAUGCCGAGAAGGAGUUUGUACCGAUUAGGGUGAGUUUUUACGUGAAUAGAAAUCAUAUCAAAUCAGGCAAAAAACUGGAAAAAAAACUGCUGUUGUGAGACCCGGUAUGCGCCUUUAAAUAAAUUGAAUACUUUCCGAAACAUAUCGUUAAUUUUCGGUGGAUAUUUAAAUUGUUUGAAGGUACAUGUCCAGCCUCACAAUAAACAUGAUUUACAAACAGAAAAAUGCCCUUCUCCUGGUUUUUUUCUCCAGUUUUCAGCUGAUUCCAUAUGCUUUUUUUUCCGAACUGACUAAUUUUACUUUUCAGAGGUCCCGGACGGUACGAUUUCACGCACGAAGUGCUCGGCGACGCGGAAAGUGUGUGGGAGGGCGAGAAAGUUCCGAGAAACCGACGGUUAUCGAUAAUUUGCCGGGACAUUCCGAAAGCGGCGAAUCGGCAGACGGACGGUGAAAUCGAGUUGAAACCGAUUCCCGAAGAACUUUAA